CUCUAAACCUGAUGGUUCACAUGUCCAGAAAGUGACCUGUGAUAUCGCGGCGACGAGGCUCACAGAAGAGAUUGCAAUGAGAAAGAGAAAGGUUGAUAAGGAAAUAAUGACAACCAGUAAGCCAAAGCGCAAGAAAGAGAAUGAGGAGAAGGAAAGGAAAGCAAGAGAGGAUAAGGCGAAGAGGAAGAUGGAAAAUAUGGAGAAGGAGAAGAAGGCUAAGGAACAAAAGGUAAAGAGAGAGAGGCAAAAGGCACAGCAGAAGAUAGAGAACAAGGAGAAGGAAAAGAAAGCACGGGAAGAGAAAGCGAGGAGGAAGAUGGAAAGCAAGGAGAAGGAGAAGAAGGCCAAGGAAGACAAAUUGAAAAAAGAGAAGAUCAGGGCUCAGCGGAAGAAAGAAAACGAAGAAAAGGUAAAAAGAGCAAAGGAAGCUAAAGUGAAGAGGAAGAUGGAGAACAGGGAGAAGGAGAAGCGCGCCAGGGAAGAAAAGCUGAGGAGAGACAAUGCAAAGGCACAGCAGAAGAAAGAGAAUGAGGACAAGCAAACACGUACAACGAAAGACAAAGCGGGGAAAGCAGGCCAAAAACGAUAACAAGCAGCAUUGAGAAUGGAAAUUCAAGAAGCAAAGGAUUAAAAAGCUGUGGUGAACAAGGCGACAGUAUGCCGCUUGAGCUGCAUACUACGAAGGAAGUCCGUUAUCAUUGGUACAGGUUGCAUACAGAAUUGACUUCCGCGCAGACAGCGGCAAGAAAAAGUUUCUGGAGCCAGUCACCCAGGACCUUGGACUGAGCAUUCACUAUUCAGUCAGCUUAUCGGCCUCAUCUGAGCCUCUCUUAGCAGCCGGUCGAUAUUGUGUACUUACCGUUAGCCGUAUGGGUGUUCAUUUAAUGCUGUACUGCUAGUGUUGAAUAUUUACAGCUUAGACACCCCAAUGAAAGCGACAAAUGCAAACGUAG